AUGUCGAACAAGUCUAUAUUUCACCUGGCCACAUUUUUACUCUGCGUUUUCACAUGCUACCAAGAUUCUCAAUUGGUGAAAGGUGAUAAAUUGCCGAUUAAAAAUAAUUUUUGGUCAAGAUUUGUUUUUCUAACGAACGUUGACCUCGUGAGUCUUUUCUUUUUUUCAUAUAUAAUUGAGAAAAUGUAUUUUUUAUAGUAUCUUCAAGCAAUUUAUCAUUUGAUUGCAUUUUUGCUGUCGAUCUCUGGAGUUCGGAGAAAUUCAGUUUUUGAUUAUUUCGCAAGAACAAUUAUUGGACCACUUGGAGUUGCGGUGGCUGUUUUGUAUUGGGGUUUGACACUGGCAGACCCGAAUAGUGUGA